CUGGGCAAAUCUGGUGAUGACCGCCUGCCGAACCGUGGGUAACACCAAGCGGGACUGGAGCGACUCUUCGCUGUUCUAGUUUCCCCGCCAGGCCUUGACGCAAGUGAAUGUUGCUACAUUCAUGUAUCUACCCCUCCUGCUAAUGUGGGAGCUUGCCACCAUCAAGAUGUCUAAAUUUCGGGGUUUUCAACCAUUUCACCUGUUCCUGCACAACUACACUCCAUCCCAGACACCACACUCAUAGGUGUGAUUGCGAUCACAGCGAUAUUAUCCUAAGUAGGCCCACGCCCAACGCACGACAACCACGCCGACUGCUCCGGGCGACGACGGAGAGGGACUGGGUGCUGGUGCUCGCCGUGAUCGCCCGCCCGAUUACCAAGCGACACCAUGUAUACCGUGCCAAUUGCGAUCAUCUUCCUCACCUUGACAUGCCUUUUGGUUGCGUUGCGUGUAUUUACGCGACUGCGUGUGGUGCAGAAACCGGGCUGUGAUGAUCUCCUUAUCGUUCUUGCGCUGUUGGCAGACAUUGCGUUCUUCGUCUUCUUGGUUUUUGAGAUUCGAAACGGCUUAGCAAAGAACCAGAAACUCCUCAGCCCACAGGUUGUACGCAAUCAACUCAUGGCUCUCUACAUUACGAUCCCGCUCUACAACCUCUCUCUCACCUUGACGAAAUUGUCGCUCGUAUUUCUGUAUAAACGUCUCUUUCCAACGAAGUACUAUCAGAUCAUCCUCGCAAUCACAUUAUUUUUCGUCGUCACCACCGGCCUGUGGAUGAUUUUCAGUGCGGUCUUUUUCUGCAUUCCCGUUCACGCAUUCUGGGACACGUCGAUGCCUCGCACCUGCCUCUCGGAGGCCGUCGUUUGGUGUCUGAACGCCGCGUUUCAGAUCUCUACGGACCUGCUUCUCGUCGUUCUCCCGAUGCCCUUGGUUAUACGGUUGCAAAUUCCGAAGCGGCAGAAGGUGGCACUUAUCUUCAUCUUUGCGCUGGGAUUCUUUGUGUGCGCAAUGAGUAUAAUCCGGCUCACUACGAUUAUCAGACUCGUCAAAACACAGGACUUCACAGAGGGCAACGGCCUGGCCGCGACAUGGUCUUUCAUCGAAUGCAACGUCGCCAUUAUCUGUGCCUGUCUGCAGCCCCUUCGCCCGUUCAUCAUCCGCUUCUUCCCCCGCCUGAUGCCCUCUCGCGUGCGCUCCGACCAUCCGCGCGAGAAGCACUCAGGUCCCAGCGGGGGCGCCAGUACGGUCGGCUACCACGGAAACCCAUUCGGUCCGACCAGCACAAGCUACGUCACCAGCGUCGCGGGCACGUUUUCCCUGGACAGUCUGAGCUUGGGGGAUGCUCAGCAUAAUCAUUCUGCUGGGACAGCGAAUGGAAUCCAGGUUGUGCAGGAGUUGCGGUGGGAUUCUUAUUCUGCCGAGGCGCGGCGGAAGUCGGUGCAGUCCGGCGAUUCGUCUACCGGCGUCUGAGAUGCGGUGGUUGAGAGGUUUUGGAGUGUUUUGACUUUUCUGAUGAUACCAAUUUCUCCCAAUGUUGGGUUGCUAUCGGGUUUGGUAGUGGAGAUCUCGACUAUGUGUCGCUGUGACAUCUGAACUUGAAUUCGAAAGUAAGAGAUGAUUUACGGGGAUGUGCGAGAUAAUUGCAGUCAGAGGUGGUUGGUUUUGGCGCCGU